AUUAUACUCAUAUCACCUAUUCACAUCAAACACGAUUUAAUCUUGCAAGCAAUUAUUGCCAAUUGAUUUUUAAAAUCCCGUCGUGAUCAUUCAAAAAAUUAUUAUUACCAUAUUUUGUCUUCUAUUUCUGAAGCGUUGGUUGUUUUUUGUUUGUGUCGAUUACGCUUAUUUUAUUAGCUCACGACGAGCACAGUAAAUACAACAAUUAAGGAUAUUGCUUGAAUUUUAUAAAUUACAUAUUCUUCCUCGCACUGAUUGUACGUCAAAUCCAUCAUUUAUAAUGUUUAAAAACGAAUUCCGUGUUAAAUCAAGUACUCCACUAAAAGGCGCCGAACAAAAGAAGCUGAAAUCUACUGUCUGCAAAUGCUUUAAUUUAUCCAAUGAAGCUUUGGAUGAAUUUUUAAACCAUAAACAAUUAACACUGUUGAAAGCAAUAACGAUUUCUAAUGACAUAGUAAAAAUAUUCUGUGCACAAGAUGUCGCAAUAGUUUUUGAAUUUAAAGGAAAAUAUUAUCCAACGCUGUUUAUGAUUUGGACAUUUCCUCAAAUUCUUCCUCGGUUGAAAUCAGACAAUAAUUUAUAUUCCAAACUUAAAACAUCAACAGACUUAACAGUAAAAGACUUAAAUUCUAUAACUCAUGAGAUAAAUAAUGAUCAUGUCCUAACAUCAUUACCUGUUGAUCAGUGUGUAAGUUUGUGCACAAACUCUUGUCAAAAAAUUCUUGGUAUAGGAAACUUAAUUAUGGAUGGUAAUUCAAUAAAAGAACAAGAGCCAAACCGAAAUAAAUGUUUGAAAGUAAUGCAUUAUUAUGGCGACGAACUUUAUAAAUCUCAUAUAUUGCAAAUAAUACCUGAUGUAAUUUCAAGUAUGGAACGUGAAUUUGUCAAUGCUCCUGAAAUAAAUAAUGGUCUACAAAUUCAAUCUGAAGAUAAUCAAACUAUUGUUGAAAAAAUGGAUGAAUUAUUUAUGACUUGUUCAUUAAAAGCAUUGAAACAUUCUAUUACAAAAGAAAUGUUGCCAAUUUUAGCUAGUACGUUUUAUAAGAAGUAUGUUAUGUCAUUUUGUCCAGAAGGAAUAGAAUUAGAUAUAAAAAAAACCAGUUUCAAAAAGUUAUCUACUUUUUUACAAUUAUUGGAUAAAGAAGGUAUAAUAAAAUUUAAUAUUGGUAGUAAUGGCAUUGCUGAAAUAGUUCGUAUUAUUCAUACUAAUAGUAGGUUUCAAGAUGCAAACCUUGAAGAUAAUACAGAAAAAGAAAAUGUUGAUCAGUUUUCACCUCCAGUAAAAGAAAUCUAUGUAGUAACACCAGGAUUACAUCCCAUAUUUUCAGAAUUUCUUUGUCGUAAAGGAGAUGAACUAUCAGUAUCAUCUAUUCGAAGAUAUGUUACAGAAUACAUAAAAAAACAUGAGUUGCAAGAUAGCACAAAUCCUUCUAUGGUAAAUACAAAUGAUGUCUUAAAAAAAAUUCUAUCUCAAAGAAAAGACAAAUCAUCAAUAUCUUUUAAAGAAUUAAUUGAAGAAAUAACCAAAUUAAUGCAUAGAACUGAAAUUGCUGUCCUUAAUACUGAAACAAAGAAGAACUUAAAGAAAAAAAUUAAUAAUAUUGAAAUGACUGUCAAUAACAGAAGUGGAAAUAAAAAGGUAACUUUAGUCAAUAAUUUAGAGUUAUAUGGUAUUGAUGUUAUAAAAUUCAGUAAAGAAUGUCAACAUGGUGUGGCUGCUAGUACAACUAUCAAUGAUAUUCCAAGUGCACAAAAUAGACAAGUUCAAAUUCAGGGUUCUCAAAUUCUUUUUGUUUACAAAUUAUUAACAGAUCAAUAUAAAAUUCCUGUUAAAUUCAUUAGAGGACAUGAAAAUUAUUUAAAGAAACCAAAAAAAUAAUUUGUUUUUUAGAAAUCUUAUUGUUAACAUAAUUUAUUUAAUUAAAAAUUUUAAAUGUUUUUAUGAUAUAUUAGUUAUUUUCAUCCUUCAAAUAGAAUCUAUAUUUAGGAGUUUUUGACAAAAUAUUUUUUAAAAAGUGGAAAAUAAGUUGUAAUAUAUAUUACUUAUUACAAGGA